UUACAGGAAAGACCUAUGUACCUCGAGUACUUCAAGAAUCCAUGCUACGAGGCAUCCUCUUGGCACCCGUCCUUCCCGUCAAAGAUUCAAUGUCUGCCCUACUUUCACGUGCUAGGCAGUGACAAGUGUGGCACUACAGUCUUUCACGCGAGACUGACGUCACAUCCGCUGAUAUUGAAGAAUGAUGGUGGCCUGGGCAAGGAAACUUACUACUGGUCUUGGCUGAGAUAUGGUAUUUAUAGUAGUUAUGAGGGUUGUGGUAGUUAUGGUAGUUAUGGUAGUUGUAGUAGUUAAGGUAAUUAUAGUAUUUAAGAUGGUUUUGUAUAUGGUUUUGUACGGUGUUGUAUAGGGCUUCGUAGGAUUUUGAAUAUGGUUCUGUAGGAUUAUCUGACUGCUCAAUGGACUAUACUAUCUUAGAGUUAAUUCUAAAUGUUGACCGUUUUAUCGUGUUUCUCAAAGGUUUGUGGAUCAAGAAGACAAUCAGGAAAUGGCCGCUGUUGAGUUAUCCACGGUACUUCUUCACUGCGUCUGUGGCCAUUGUGGAUGGACUUCUUUACAACAACGAACAGCUUAUAACAGGUAGCACUUAGUGUCAUCUGAACACGAAUGAUAUGUCAUCUAGGUGUAAGUGAAUCACUGGUGCUAAGUCAUUGAUGUGUAACUAAAUCACAGAUGUUAAUGAAUUGAUGUGUAAAUAAAUCACAGAUUUUAAUGAAAUGAUGUUUGAGUGCAUUUUAAAAUAGUAAACACAUGACUUUAAAUGAUGGAUGCUGCUGUUUAUUUGAAGUGACUUCAAUAGACAAGGGUAGCCAGGCGUUCUCAAACUUUCUGUUCCAGGUGGAUAAAAUGGCUAUCAUUAAUUAUUUCUAAAAUAGGGGAUGCCACUCCGAUGGACUUUUGGGAUUUUAGAGGUUGGCAACUGGAUCCCCAAAAUGAAGGUCUCCCUGAACCCAGAUUUCUGACCCCACACGCCAUGCGACAUCUGUACAAGGAUCCCAGAUUUUUCUUGUUGUUCAGAAAUCCAAUAGACAGGUUUGUUCUGGUUUUAUUUGUAUAGAAACUUUACAAUAAACGUUUAUUACAAGCAAUGGCGUACACACCACGGUACCGGAGUCUUGGCCACCGGAGUCUUGGUUACCGGAGUCUUGGCCACCGGAGUCUUGGGCACCGACCUUCGCAGGAAUUACAAAUAUUGUCAAUCUGAUUAAAUAUAUUUCAGAAAUGUUCUUCCAUCUUUCUAAAACUGGGACCCUAUUCACGACCAGUUACGAAUGAGCGAAAAUAUUAGUCAACUAGGAAUAAUGGUCAACUAAAUAAUUGUCAAAAAGGAAUACCCGGUCAACUAAAUAAGGGUCAGCUAGGAAUACUUAAUCAACUAAAUAAAGGUCAACUAGGAAUAUUUGGUCAACUAACUAGUAAUCAACUAGGAAUACUUGGUCAACUAACUAAUAAUCAACUAGGAAUACUUGGUCAACUAAUUAAUAAUCAAAUAGAAAUACUUGGUCAACUAACUAAUAAUCAACUAGGAAUACUUGGUCAACUAACUAAUAAUCAACUAGAAUACUUGAUCAACAAACUAAUAAUCAACUAGGAAUACUUGGUCAACUAACUAAUAAUCAACCAGGAAUACUUGGUAAACUAACUAAUCAGCAACUAGGAAUACUUGAUAAACUAACUAAUGGUCAGCGUGGAGCCACAUUCCCCAACUUUUCAUUUUGGCGAAAGGGACGAGCGCCCUCUUCGCCCCACUUUCGCACGGCCCUUAAUCCAUAUAUCUUAAAACGCUGAAGACACACCACCAAAAAAUAACUCAGACUUGAAGACUGACACAGCAAACAUUAACUCACACUUGAAGACUGACACACCAAACAUUAACUCAGACUUGAAGAUUGACACAGAACACAUUAACUCACACUUAAAGACUGAUACACCAAACAUAACUCAGACUUGAAGACUGACACACCAAAAAUUAACUCAGACUUGAAGACUGACACACCAAACAUCAACUCACAUUUGAAGACUGACACACCAAACAUUAACUCACAUUUGAAGACUGAUACACCAAACAUAACUCAGACUUGAGACUGACACACCAAACAUUAACUCACAUUUGAAGACUGAUACACCAAACAUAACUCACACUUGAAGACUGAUACACCAAACAUAACUCACACUUGAAGACUGAUACACCAAACAUAACUCACAUUUGAAGACUGAUACACCAAACAUAACUCAGACUUGAGACUGACACACCAAACAUUAACUCACAAUUGAAGACUGAUACACCAAACAUAACUCACAUUUGAAGACUGAUACACCAAACAUAACUCACAUUUGAAGACUGAUACACCAAACAUUAACUCACACUUGAAGACUGAUACACCAAACAUUAACUCACACUUGAAGACUGAUACACCAAACAUCAACUCACAUUUGAAGACUGACACACCAAACAUUAACUCACACUUGAAGACUGACACACCAAACAUUAACUCACAUUUGAAGACUGACACACCAAACAUUAACUCACAAUUGAAGACUGACACACCAAACAUUAACUCACAAUUGAAGACUGACACACCAAACAUUAACUCACACUUGAAGACUGACACACCAAACAUUAACUCACAAUUGAAAACUGACACACCAAACAUUAACUCACACUUGAAGACUGACACACCAAACAUUAACUCACAAUUGAAGACUGACACACCAAACAUUAACUCACAACUGAAGUCUGACACACCAAACAUUAACUCACAAUUGAAAACUGACACACCAAACAUUAACUCACACUUGAAGACUGACACACCAAACAUUAACUCACAAUUGAAGACUGACACACCAAACAUUAACUCACACUUGAAGACUGACACACCAAACAUUAACUCACAAUUGAAGACUGACACACCAAACAUAACUCAGACUUGAAGACUGACACACCAAACAUUAACUCACAUUUGAAGACUGACACACCAAACAUUAACUCACAUUUGAAGACUGAUACACCAAACAUUAACUCACACUUGAAGACUGACACACCAAACAUUAACUCACAAUUGAAGACUGACACACCAGACAUUAACUCACAAUUGAAGACUGACACACCAGACAUUAACUCACACUAUCAUUGUUUGGUUCUCCAUCCCAAUGUCAUAUUGAAUUAUGACUUCUUAUCAUUACUCUCAAUUGAACCAACCAUUCCAACCAUUAUUUAUUCUUCACUACUCGCCCAGCAAUCUAAACUCUAUUCAUUUCAUAUCUAUCGAGAUUUCAUUCUCUUACCUUAAUCUAGAUUUCAUUUUUUAAUAUGAAUCUAAAUUCCAUAAUUUUUCUUUAAUCUUGAUUUUACUUUUUGUUACAUUAAUCAUGAUGGCAUUCUGUGUCUCCCGCUUAGACUCUACUCUGACUACGUGUUUCUCUGUGUCCCCACUUAGACUCUACUCUGACUACGUGUUCCUCUGGCCACUUAGACUCUACUCUGACUACGUGUUUCUCUGGCCACUUGGACUCUACUCUGACUGCAUGUUUCUCUGGCCACUUGGACUCUACUCUGACUGCGUGUUUCUCUGGCCACUUGGACUCUACUCUGACUACGUGUUUCUCUGUCCACUUAGACUCUACUCUGACUACGUGUUUCUCUGUCCACUUGGACUCUACUCUGACUACGUGUUUCUCUGUCCACUUAGACUCUACUCUGACUACGUGUUUCUCUGUCCACUUGGACUCUACUCUGACUACGUGUUUCUCUGGCCACUUGGACUCUACUCUGACUACGUGUUUCUCUGUCCACUUGGACUCUACUCUGACUACGUGUUUCUCUGUCCACUUAGACUCUACUCUGACUACGUGUUUCUCUGUCCACUUGGACUCUACUCUGACUACGUGUUUCUCUGUCCACUUGGACUCUACUCUGACUACGUGUUUCUCUGUCCACUUGGACUCUACUCUGACUACGUGUUUCUCUGUCCACUUGGACUCUACUCUGACUACGUGUUUCUCUGUCCACUUGGACUCUACUCUGACUACGUGUUUCUCUGUCCACUUGGACUCUACUCUGACUACGUGUUUCUCUGUCCACUUGGACUCUACUCUGACUACGUGUUUCUCUGUCCACUUGGACUCUACUCUGACUACGUGUUUCUCUGUCCACUUGGACUCUACUCUGACUACGUGUUUCUCUGUCCACUUGGACUCUACUCUGACUACGUGCUCCUCUGUCCACUUAGACUCUACUCUGACUACGUGUUUCUCUGUCCACUUAGACUCUACUCUGACUGCAUGUUUCUCUGUCCACUUAGACUCUACUCUGACUACGUGUUUCUCUGUCCACUUGGACUCUACUCUGACUACGUGCUCCUCUGUCCACUUAGACUCUACUCUGACUACGUGUUUCUCUGUCCACUUAGACUCUACUCUGACUACGUGUUUCUCUGUCCACUUGGACUCUACUCUGACUACGUGCUCCUCUGUCCACUUAGACUCUACUCUGACUGCGUGUUUCUCUGUCCACUUAGACUCUACUCUGACUACGUGCUCCUCUGUCAACUUAGACUCUACUCUGACUACGUGUUUCUCUGUCCUCUUAGACUCUACUCUGACUCAGUGUUUCUCUGUGUCCCCCACUUAGACUUUACUCUGACUGCAUGUUUCUCUGUCCACUUAGACUCUACUCUGACUACGUUUUCCUCGGCUACGGUUUCACGGCCCACAAGUUUGCCCGUGACGUCCCUAUAGCUAUAGACAUGAUGCGGGACUGACUCAGGGUCAACACAACUCGCCAAUGUUUCUUCAGCGAGGACAUGUAUCAAAAGUUACCAGUGAGUACAAUGUAUUGAAAGUUACCAGUGAGUACAAUGUAUUGAAAGUUACCAUUGAGUACAAUGUAUCGAAAGUUUCCAGAGAGUACAAUGUAUUGAAAGUUACCAGUGAGUAAAAUGUAUCAAAAGUUACUAGUGAGUACAAUUUAUUGAAAGUUACCAGUGAGUACAUUUGUACAAAAAAAAUCCAGUGAGUACAUCUAUCAAAUGAUACAUGUGAGUGUAUCUCAGGGAAUAUCACAUCAGAAAAACAUGAUGUUUUUUUAAUGAUAAAUUAUCAUAUCUGCACACACCUGGUUGCCAAACAAUGUUUUCAAACGUGCUGAUUUCUGCCCGUAAUAACAUUACAAGAGAAACAAAGACAACUAUUUAUAAAACUGUAAUCAGACCAGUUGUUGCAUAUGCAAGUGAAACUUGGACCCUAACAAAAACGGCAGAAAACCUAUUAAACACAUGGGAGAGAAAAGUUAUCAGGAAAAUGUAUUGACCAACAAAGGAUGAAUAUGGAUGGAGAAUACGAACCAACCAGGAAUUGUACGGUCUAUAUCGGGAUCCCACGAAAGUAGCAGAAAUAAAAAGACGCAGACUACGUUGGGCAGGACACUUGGAGAGAAUGCCAAAUGACAGAGGAACGAAGAGGGUGCAUCACCAAUACCCCAGAGGAAACAGGCUUAAAGGCAGACCUAGGCUUAGAUGGAUGGAUGAUGUGGAAAAAGAUCUACAGCAGCUGAAAGUCCAAGCAUGGAAAAGAAAGGCAUUAGUUUGGUCUGAGUGGAAAGGAGUGGUGAGGCAGGCCAAAGCCCUACAAGGGCUGUAGUGCCACAGGAAUGGAUGGAUGAUUUCUGACCAUGUUUCAUCUGGGCCAAAUAUCAGCCUCAGUCAUAAGUCUAUAAAUGAUGUCAACAAAUCAUCCUUGCUAGUUUUGUUUAAUGUAUAGGGGAGAAGAUAUGGACACGUUGUUGUUUCAGAUGUUUAAGAACUGACAAUUGUAUCUUGUGGGACGUUUAGAAACGUUGACGGCACACCUGUAUCUGUAGGGAGCGUCACACUUAGAUACAUUGUAUUGGAAGAUCUGUAGGGGAUAUUAUUCUAUUUGCAUAUAUGUAGGGGAUAGAUUUCUGAUGCUAUGGGCAGUUCUGUAAGGAUAAACAUACGUAGAUAGAUUUUACUUGUAGAUCUGUAAGGUUAUGCAUUCUUAGAUAGAUUCUAUUGGCAGAUAUGUUAGCAUAUUUAGAGAGAUUCUAUUGUGUUUAACAUCUCAUCAGCAUUUUCUUUAUAUUUCUAGAUGCGAAUCCACGUCAGCUGCUACUCCAUAUUUCUCAGAGAAUGGCUUUCAGUGUUCAACCACCAGCAUUUCCUCAUCCUCCGCACGGAGGACUACCACAGCAACAUGAAGGAGACUUUGACGAAAGCCUUUCAGUUUCUGCAAGUUCGUAAGUAAACAAUACACUCUCUAACACAAACUAUUGUUUCCCUUUUUUUUCAAAUUAACAUUUUUAAAGAACCGUUUUAGCACUGUGUUAGAGAUUAUUGAACUUUAAAAAAUUCAAAAUAUUUAAUUCCAAGUUUAACGAAAUUAAAUUAAGGACUUUUUAAUUCAUCAAAAUCUGUUGAAUUAUUUAGAGAAAAUAAAUCAUUUUAAGUAUAAAUUUUAAUGAAUUAUUCUUAGAGUGAUUUGCUAAUUACGAUAAUAAUGGAUUUCUUCUUGAAGCCGUACAAAUAAUAUGUUGCAUCGCAAUGUCUAGUUGAAUCGUCUACAUUUCGUCUCUGUUCAGCUCCUUUGCCAGAACACGACCUUGACCUUCUGGUGAAACAGAAGGUGAUACACGAAACGAGACUUAAGAAGAAGGCCGGGCCGAUGUAUCCGGAGACGAGGGCGUUGCUGGACGAAUUCUUCUAUCGAUUUAACCAAGACCUCUCUCAGCUUCUCAAUGACACACGGUUUAUGUGGCCGGAGUCAUCA